CAUCCUUCCGCCCGGGUUUCCUCCCCGCCGCCGCCGCCGCCGCCGCAGACCGGCUCCCGGCUCGGCGCGGCGCGGCUCGGCCCGCUCGGCCCCGCCAUGUCGCAGGUGCUGCCCUACGGCGAGGACAAGGUGGGUCGCUACGGCGCCGAGCCCGAGGCGGGGGAGCUGCCCUUCAGCUGCCGCCUGCAGGACACCAACGCCUUCUUCGCGGGCAACCAGGGCAAGCGGCCCCCCAAGCUGGGACAGAUCGGCCGCGCCAAGAGAGUGGUGAUCGAGGAUGACCGGAUAGACGAGGUGCUCAAGGGCAUGACGGAGAAGUCGCCGCCGGGGGUGUAAAGCCGGGACCCGCCGCCAGGACCCGCAGGCCGAGCCCUGCUCCAGCCCGCCCGGCCCUGCAUGCUGGCUGGACACCGACCGGGAGGGGGGAGGCCAUGCCCGUGCCCCCCUCCCCGCCCCGGGGGUGGGGGGGGCUCUGCGGCCACCACCACCCCCCCCCGAGCCAUGCACUUUACCCCUCCGCCUCCCCCGGGGAUGGGACAACCCGCCGAGCCCCCCCACCCUGCGGAAAGACCCCCCUCCUCCCGGGGGGGGGCUCCACGGUGUGUCCCCCCCAUCCUCCUUGGCGGGGGGUCCCGCACACGCCGGGGCGGCUCCGGCCCCACGAGUGGGGUGGGGGGGGGAGCGCUGCUGUCCAGAGACAUUUUUUGCUCCAUCGUUUUUUGCAUGAGCUUGGUGGCCCGAGCGCCCGGUCCUGGGGCCGAGGGUCAGCCCCACCACUCCGGCACGCUUCUUUUUAAAACAGAAACUCCUCAUAUUUGUAUUUUUAUAUCCGAAUCUUUGUUAAAAACGAUCUGCUGACGUCGAGAUGUCGAAGUAACCACAUCGGGGAAAAACAAACAAACAAACAAACGGUUCAUAUUUUUUUCCAUAAGAAAAAAAAAGAAAAAAAAAGAAGAAAAAACCGAGGGGGAAGAAUAAAGGGGGGGGAACAGAAAGAUGGAGGGAUCAUGAGGAAAGCUAAAGGUGUGGGGAGGGGAACGGGGACCCCCAGCCUGACCCCUCCCCACCAGCAGCAGGACCAGCCAGAGGGUUUGGCAGCACCAUCGGCCACCGCAGUCCCCCCCGGCAGCGCCGGGGCUGAGCCCACCAGGGCCGGCUGUGGGUGCCGGGGGGUCCCGGCGCUGCCCCUUGCCCGAGGGCGGCGGGGCCAGGGGAGGGAAAGGGGAGGGCAGGGACUGGCCUGAGUCGUUGUUUUUAAUUUUGUACUUUAAUUUAAUUUUAUUUUUUAAGAAGCUUCUCGGGGGGGGUCUGAUGUGCAUGAGAAACUCAUCAUCUUUUUCAAUAACCUACAAGUGGCAUUUAUCGAGACAACGCAAAAAAAAUAUAAAUAAAUAAACAAAACAACAAACAAAACAGAAAAACCCACCAAACAAAAAACAAAACCAAGAAAAAAAAAAGAAAAAAAAAAAAGAUACUUGUGUCAUUAUGUUCUACGAAUGAUCCAUUGUAAAUUUAAAUGCCAUUUUUCACUGUACUGGUGAACAAAAUGCGAUGAAUAAAAUACAUUCAUGUACUGAG